UGUUUACAUUGUUGUCAUUUCAUCAAACUACCGGCGAUUUAAUUGUUCAAAGUACAAAAUUAUUCGUCAACAUGCUGUGAAAUAUAUGUUUUUCCUUGUGUUCAUUUAUAUCUUCAAUAAUUUAUAAUUAUUAAUAAAGAAUUUUAUAUUGUUUAACUUGAUAAUUCGAUGCAAUCAUAUAAGACGUGUUCCAACUAUGAAUGAAGUCACGUGUACGAUUCAACAUUCGAAGUGUCCAGAAACUUUGAUGGAUCAGUUGAUUAACAAAAAUAAAAUCACUGACUCACUUGAAUUGGAUUCUAAAAUUUCUGAUACAAUUUCACCUUUUACUAAAGUAUUGGACAAAGAAAAAGUAAUUAUUUCAAAAUUAGAUUCCAAUGAUUUACUCAAUAUGAAUGAAGACGAUUCAAUAAUUGAAACACUCGUUGAACCACUAAUUGGAGGAUUUUAUGAUUUAUCAGAAAUUCAUAAAUUUGCCAAUUUAAAAGAGGACGAUGUUCAAAUGCCCGAAGUUUCAUCGACUGAAAAAAUGAAAAAUGAUUUUGAUAAUUCACUUUUAACAGAAACAAAUCUUGCAAUUGAUACAAUUGAUAAUUCAAAUAAAAUCAUAACAAAAAAACCGAGAAUAAUUUCAAAUAAAAUUAUUGAAAAUAAAAUUCAGUUUCAUUGCAAAAAAAUUAUUGACAAUAAUAAUUCAAAAUCAUUGAAUUUUGAAAAAAAUAAUUCAUCAGAAACGGAUUUUUCUACAUCAGAUUCCUUAAUGGAAAUGGAAGAUUGUCUUGGAUUUUCGAAUGAUGAUAUUGAACAAAGUUUUAAAACUUUAAAUCGAAAUAUUAAAAAAGAGCCAAUUAAAUACAAUUUUCCAAAUUUUUAUCGUGAAACACCAAUUAUUUUAAUUAGUGAAACUAAAAUUGAAUUGACUUCUUAUUUAAGAUUCAAUCUUCCCGAUCAAAUUGAACCACUUAAAUCGAUUGGUCACAGGAAAAAUUUAAUAAAACCAUCAAAAUUUCAUUUCAAUGGCUCUGGAUACACGGAACUUGAUAUAUUAAUGAGAAAUUGUAAUAUCAUGAAUAAAAAAAAGAAUAAAAAAAAGAAACAAUCAAAUAAGAAGAAUAAAUUGGCUAUUAUUCAAAAGGGAAAAUUAAAAUCGCCAAUUAAAAAGAAGGCGGAAAUUUUCGUCGAGAAUAAUAAAGAAGAAAGAAGUGUUGAACGUCGACAAACAAGAUUUUUAUUAAAGACUUUAAAUCAUCAUCAAUCAUUACAAUUGAAUGACACACCAAAAUCAAAUAAUGAAUCAAAGCCACGUGCGAGAAAUAUUAUUUCUGAAAUUAAUAAAUGGCAUUUAAAAGAUGUUCGUAUUCAUCUUGAACGUAUGGAAAUUAUAAAAGAAUAUGCACAUUUAGAUUUUAUGAAUACGAGUCCCUUUAUCGAUUCCCCAGGCUCUUCAGAAAAUGAACAGUCAUUAUCUAUGGAUGAGAGUUCAAAAAAGGAAAUAUUUUUCGCAACCCGCAGGUCGGAUAGGCUAAGGAAAAGUGAGAUAAAAGGUAUCAUUUCUCUUAAAUCUAAACAGCCUUAUAAACAAAACAAAAGAGUUUCAUUUUCAAAGUCCGUUUUACAAUAUGAGUAUGAUAAGUAAAAAAAAAAAAAAAAAUUUACUUACCUUCGUGACGCUUAAAAAUGUUUUUUAUUUUUUGUAAAAAAAAAAGGAUGAAAUCGUUAACGAUUUUUAAAAACUUUUUCUUUUACUUAUUUUUCUGUAAGAACAAAAAAAAAAAUGUGUGAUAGU